AGGGCGUGGGAGCGCGCUCAGGGGGCGGGGCGAGAUCGUGCGCGCUGAGGUCACACGCCGGCGAGGCGGAAGUGGCUGCAGAUUUUUUGACAAUGGUCCAGUAGCAGACACUGACUCUCGCAGCCACCUGUCCAGAGAUGGCAGUUUCCACUGGAUCUGUGAUUGUUCCAGACUGGCACAAGUCCCCAGAGGGCAAAGAGUACCUGGCCACCAUCCUGCGGAAAAACAAGCGGAAAUUCUUCGGACUGAUUGAAAGGCCAGUGCUCCCCCCGCAGAUGGCCGCUGACACUGCCAGCUAUAAGAUUUUUGUCUCUGGGAAAAGCGGCGUGGGUAAAACCGCAAUGGUGGCCAAGCUGGCUGGCCUGGAGGUGCCCAGUGCACAUCAUGAAACAACAGGGAUCCAGACGACGACGGUAUAUUGGCCGGCCAAGCUGAGGGACAGCGGCAGGGCGCUCAUCUUCAGGUUCCACUUCUGGGACUGCGGAGAAGCAGCUCUAAAGAAAUUUGAUCACAUCCUACCUGCCUGCAAGGAGAAGGCAGAUGGCAUCCUCUUCCUCUUUUCUUUCACCGACCGCUCAUCCUUCGACGACCUCCCCAGCCAGAUCUCCCGCGUCACGGAGGGAUCCGAAAACUUCGUCAAAAUAGUGAUUGGCUCCAAGUUCGACCAGUUCAUGCACACCGACGUCACAGAGCGGGACCUGGCCGAGUUCCGGCGAGCCUGGCGCCUGCCCGUGCUGCGGAUGAAGAGCGUGAACGGGCCCAGGCUGGCCGACGGGCGGACCCUGGACGGCCGCGCUGGGCUGGCGCAUGUGGCACACGUGCUGAACGGGCUGGCGGAGCACCUCUGGUACCAGGACCAAGUGAUGGCUGGGAUCGUCCCAGCACCGCAGCCUGGCACAGAGGAGACGUCCCUGUGCUGAAAAUCAGCUCCCCAAAAACUCAGGUGGAGCCAGAGGCCUUUCAAAGGUUGGUUUGGUGGGACUCUGCUGCAGCCUCGUAAGGACCAGCUCUAGCCUCCAGAUCUGGGAGCCCCCGGCCCCCACUGGCUCUAGCAUCACAGAGGUGCCCUGCUCGGCACUGCCAUCACGCAAACCUGUGGCCAACUUGAUCUGGGGACCUUUGUUUCUGGGAGCCCUGCCCUGAGACAGGACGGGCCCGAUUUCCAGAGGAGCUAAACGCCCCCAGCUGACACCGACAUGACUUGGGAUCAGAGCACCGCAGCUCCAAGCCUCUCACGGCGAGUACCCAAAAUCACUGACCACUCCCGGCUUUAGCUUUGAUCUGAGCCAGUCCAGAAGAGCUCCAGCCUGCAUGCUCCUUCCUCCAUCCCUGUAGCUAACCAGGAUGGCAGCAGCAUCCCGGGCAACAGGCCACAGGAGCCACUGGAGGCUGGCACUAGAGGAAGCACUUUCUGCAGCGCUGUUUGGGGCUGGGGAGUUUUGCAGCUCUGGGGUAGGGCGUGCCCCAGCACUGGAGUGCCAAGGCAACAAGUUUCAGAGUAACAGCCGUGGUAGUCUGUAUUCGCAAAAAGAAAAGGAGGACUUGUGGCACCUUAGAGACUAACCAAUUUAUUUGAGCAUAAGCUUUCAUGAGCUACAGCUCACUUCA